AUGACUUCUGCGCCAAUUCCCCUCGAUACGAUCUCUUCUUCAGAACAAAUGCCGAUGACAACCCCCAUGUCACUAGUAGGCCCUCCAAUGACGGAUGUACAAGAUACAGCGGGUCCCUCACAAACUGAGCACAAGGCCAGCCGUUUGAGAGGGGGUUGUAUGGACUCCGCAACCUGGGAUGAGAUGGGCUGCUGCGAGAAAUUCCUGUGGUGCCAGUUCUGCUCGCCGUUCUAUUUGAUAUACUAUAUUUUCGUCAUCGCCUGCAAAAGCUGCGAUGAGACAAGCGCCGAAAGGGAAGCCAAAGAGGAGGAGGAACGACAGCGAAGGUCGCAUGCAGGGCACUGUGAACCGUGGACACGCUAG